AGCACUGAGCUGGUUUGCCGUUCGCCAUUAAACCUCAGAAGAAGAAUAAAAAGCAGUUGUUAAAUGAGUUGUAACGAUUGCAGAAAUGGCAAAGAGGUGUGUUUUCGGUUGUUUGCCGAACAAAACUCUUUUCAGUAUCCCACGGCUGCCUUGGCUACGGUCCCGCUGGCUUGAGUUCCUGCACUUUGAGGAGGAAGGGUUAACGGUGAACUCGCGGCUGUGUUCGAGGCAUUUCACGCCCGAGUGUUUCCAGAAUUUAACCCAGCACCGGAUGGGUUUCGCCAAAGUCUUGUAUCUGAAGAACACCGCUGUUCCGUCGGUAUACACGGUUGGUGCAUCACAAAGUAUGAAGCCUCUGUCGAGGGAUGUGGGAUGCCAGUGCAUCGCUCAAACUCCGAAAAAGAGCAUCUCGGUUCAAGCAUCAUUCCCGGUCCCUAAACCGAAGCGACGCAGUAAAGCAGCUGUUCAAGUGAAAUCUUCAGAGCAUGCUGAUAAUGUUUGCGCCGAUCUGGAAACACCGGAGCUCACAUCAACGCCAAUUAAACGGCUGCGAAUGGAAGAAAGCGUAGAUGAUUUCAACUGCAGGGCGCUGGCGACCCUGAAACAACCGAAGGACUUCACCUAUGAGCCUGGAAUCACAGAAGACGAUGACAUAUAUUGUGCCAAACCUGGAAGUCACACAGUGAUGAAUAUGAGUGACAGUAGGGUGUUGGACACUAAAUUAGAAAAUUGAAGCUCUUGGGAAAGAGCGGAUCGUGGAGAGGCUCCAAACUGGACAAAAAGCAUCAUUAACCUCCUCUACUGGUGCGCAUCCCUCAAGAUGAGAAGAAGCUGUUGCAAAGUAGCGGCCCGUUGAAUUGCCAGUCAUGUGGAAGAUGUUCACCAUCACAACAGUGAUGAAUGUGGCAAAGAGUGAUAUACCGGACUGCAUCCGCACACCUCUAGAGGAGAAAAUGUGGCCGAAACCAGGAUGUAAAAGGAUAUAAAUCAAGAUAUGAAUAUACUAUUGAGAUGCUGUGGAGGCUGUUUUUGGAGGAGGCCUUCUUCAACCCUGGACCAUUCCAGGAUCAUCUAAAUAACGUCCCUAACCACCUGCGUGAUGCUAAUUAGAGACCGGAUGUGAAGGAAGCUGUGCCCAGACACUGCUUUUGUGUGUGUGUGUGUGUGUGUGUUCAGGUUUCAAGUCUCUAGCCCUAAAUUAUGAGGACAUGCAGCUGUGCCUGCAAUUGUGUGUUUGAGUGAGAGGAUGAAAAAAGUGUUUUAAUGUAUUUAUUUCUCAUAGAAGUGGUAAUGAAAUCUCAAUAGCACAAUGCAGAAUUAUUAAAACGCUACCAUCAUGCACAUAUAAACUCAUGAGCACAGUCUCCGUCCUCUGUGCUCUUCUGAGGGGAAUGCAAACUCAAGAUGAAGAAAGCGUGGAUGGAGACAGACUACUUAACCUGGAUUAGACAUGCAUCCAAGGUUUUGUGUGUUCUUUAAACAGCAAUAGCAUUAUGGAUACUGUUAAUAUAACAUAUUUAAUAUUUACCAGUGGGAUAUUAUAGCCUUAUUGAUGCAUUUUCAGACUCCAGAAACUGACUAAAUCAAUCUCAAUUUAGAGUUAUGCAAUAAAGUAGAAAUUUCAAGAUAA